AUGAUGCAGUCAUAUGACUACGAUUCGGACGAGUCCCAGGCGAUGUCCGACGAGCAAGGCGCCUCCUCGUCGACUAAUUGUACGUUUCCGCGUUCGAGUCCAUCAUCCUCAAUUCUUUUCAAUCCGCAUCCGCACGUUGUAAAAAUCAUCAAAACAAAUACGGGUUUCGGAUUCAACGUAAAAGGCCAAGUUAGUGAAGGCGGACAACUGCGAAGCCUCAAUGGAAAACUCUAUGCGCCGCUUCAGCACGUAAGCGCCGUAUUGCACAAAGGAGCCGCCGAUGUAGCCGGCUUGAGAAAAGGCGAUCGGAUACUUGAAGUGAAUGGGACAAGUGUCGAAGGGUCAACUCAUCGAAAAGUUGUGGAUCUGAUAAAAAGCGGUGGAGACACACUGACGAUGAUUGUGAUAUCUGUGAAUGAUGCUGAUGCCGAUAGAUACGACUACUGUGAAGAGAGCUCAAUAACCUAUGCGAAUGAUUACUCGGAAAGUCGAUCUUUGCCGAUUUCUGUUCCUUCUUACAACACUAUAAAUGACGGCAUUGAGCGAUUUGUGGUAUUCAACAUUCACAUGGCCGGCCGACAUUUGGGUUCGAGACGUUAUUCGGAGUUUGUUGAGCUUCAUAAUAUGCUCAAAAAGCAUUUCUAUGAUUUUUGUUUUCCGCCGCUACCUGGAAAAUGGCCUUUUAAACUUAGCGAUCAACAAUUGGAUGCGAGAAGAAGAGGAUUGGAGCAGUAUUUGGAGAAAAUCUGCUCGGUUCGUGUCAUCGCUGAAUCCGAUAUUGUUCAGCAUUUUUUGAUGGAUUGCGAUCCGAUGUGCGAAGUCGAAAUUCGCGCUUUGUUUCCCGAUGGGGUGCCAAUGUCGAUUCGGACGAGACGUAGCGUAUCAGCAUCGCUUUUCUUCUCGCUGAUUCAGCGAAAAUUGCAAAUGUCACGAGAGGUUUCAUCGGCAAUCGCGAUAUUCGAAGUACUCGACACCUCAUUUGAGCGAAAAGUAAUGGACAGCGAGAGUGUUCACGACAUCUACACUCACAACUAUUCGUCGGCAUCUUCAUCGUGUCUUGUCCUUCGCAAAUUCAUUUUCGACACCGAGCGCGAACGAGCACUUUGUCGUCGCGAUGUUCACUUCAAACAUUUUUGCUAUCGUCAAGCUCUAGCCGAUAUCAAACAUGGCAAAGUUGUCUCGAAUAAGAAGAAUUAUCAAUUAAAAGCACUUCAAAACGAGGAAAAUAUGGAUCAACUUCUGGAAGUUGCACGAGCGAUGGAAGGUUAUAAUCAAGUGACAUUUCCGCCAGCAAUUUUCGCGCACCGCAAUCGUCGCGAGACCGUUGAAACAAGUCUGCUCAUCGAUUGGGCGCGAGUCGUCGAUUUUCGGGUUUGCGAAGACGGCGCAUCGUUUUCAUUUGAUUACGAGAAAGACGUCGAAACCCGAAAACUUAAAACGAUUUAUCUUGAGACACCAUUUGCGGAAUAUAUGGCCGAAUGUUUUGCCGAGGUUCAAUUUGAGUAUCAGAUGAUGAAAUAUCAAGUCGAGACUCAACCACUACCAUAUGCGACAAUUGUCUUGCAUUGUUUCAAAUAUCCCGCCAAGGGGGUUUUGGGUUUGUUAAUUGGCAAUAAGAAGGAUUCGAUGAUCACGGUAACUGGGUGUGUUCCAAUUUGCCAUGAAUCGACUCCUCUUGCGCCAUCGCUGGAACUUGCAACCACAAUUGUUCAUGCGAAGCAUGGAAAUUCGCUUGUGGGAGUUUAUUUUUCGAAUCCUGGAUGUCGCGAUCCAUCGCUGAAUCCGUAUGCGACCCGAUUGGCGGAUCGCAUUUCAGUUGUCACAAAUUCUCCUGCAAUUCUUAUCGAAGUCAUGAAUGAGCGACUCGCUUCGGAAUGCUAUGAAGAUCGUUUAAUUCCUUUUGAAAAAGAUGGCGACACCUGGAAGCCAGCGAAAAACAUUUUUAAUGGAUCGAAUAUUCUCGAAGGACUGCAGGCGGUAAUAAAUGCAAAGCUUUAUCGAGACCUUAUCGACUUCGAAAACCAUUUGGAUAAUCCGGAGAACGAUUUCUACAAUACGAUUUUGGGAAAGAAAAUCUUGCAAGUCUCCGAAUUCAGAGCUUAA